AUGGGAAAAUACAUCAUACAUAUCUCGUACGGAACGGCGUUUCUCCUAAUGCUGUCGGCUCCAGCAGUGUUCAGCAUGUCUUUUGUAGCUGACGCUGGUGGCUACUUAUCCGUCCGGUUCAUGAUCGGUUUCUGUCUAGCCACCUUUGUGUCAUGUUCAUACUGGACCAGUGUGAUGUUUACUGGAAAGAUCAUUGGACUCGUCAACGGAUGUGCCGGUGGUUGGGGAGACAUGGGAGGAGGCGUGACUCAGUUACUCAUGCCGAUGGUCUUCCACAUCAUCAAAGUCGCUGGAGCCACUCCUUUCACGGCAUGGAGGAUCGCGUUCUUCAUCCCCGGCUUUCUUCAGGUUAUCAUGGGGAUUCUAGUGCUCACUCUUGGACAAGAUUUUCCUGAUGGAAACCUAAGUACUCUGCAGAAGAAAGGAGACGUUUCUAAAGACAAAUUAACCAAGGUGUUUUGGUAUGCUCUUCGGAACUACAGAACAUAUGUUUUGUUCAUUCUCUAUGGAUUUUCCAUGGGAAUAGAAAUGACCAUCAACAAUGUUAUCUCAGAAUAUUUCUUCGACAGGUUUCAACUCGAACUCCAUACAGCUGGUAUGAUAGCAGCCAGCUUUGGUAUGGCUAACUUCUUCGCUCGUCCUAUUGGGGGCUUCGCAUCAGACGUGUCAGCUAGGUUUUUCGGUAUGAGAGGGAGGUUAUGGACCCUUUGGAUCUUACAAACUUCUGGUGGUCUUUUCUGUGUUUGGCUCGGCCGUGCCACUUCACUUCCUAUAGCUAUUUUAGCCAUGAUGCUUUUUUCCUUUGGUGUACAAGCUGCUUGUGGGGCCAUCUUCGGCAUCGUUCCUUUUGUCUCGCGCCGCUCUCUAGGAAUAAUAUCAGGACUGACCGGCGCAGGAGGAAACUUUGGGUCGGGUCUAACUCAACUGCCCUUUUUCUCGUCAUCAAGAUUCCAUACUGCAGAUGGUUUGUCGCUGAUGGGAAUUACAGCGAUGAUUUUUACGCUUUUGGUUGCGUUUAUACAUUUUCCACAGUGGGGAAGUAUGUUUUUAGGACCAACAAGUGACAAUAGAACAUCAAAAGAAGAGCAUUAUUAUGUGGCGGAGUGGACUGAGGAAGAGAAGCUGCAAGGAUUGCAUGAAGGCAGCCUAAAGUUCGCAGAGAAUAGUAGAUCUGAAAGAGGCAAAAAGGCAGCUCCGGACGGAACCUCCACACCGCUGGAAAAUGAAAAUCCGGCUAAUGUUUAGUUAUGGAAUAUUAUUUUCAUCUCGUAUACAACUACACAUAAAAUAAGUGUUCUUUAUAUGUCCAAGGAGCACAAAUACAUUCAUUUCAUCAAAUUGAAUUACUUUUUUUUUGUCUGGAUUGUUUCUUGUUAUAUAUGAAGUUUUAUUAAUUCAAAGUAAUACAUUCAUU